GAACACCUUUUUAAUAAAAAGGAGGUUCAAGGUUCGAAUCCUUCUCCCUGGUCUUGUGAAUAUGGUUUUCGUGAUGGGCCUGAUGAGUUGGCUCUGGAUCCGCCUCCGGGCCUCUCCUCUGGGAGGGCUUAUGUUGGGCUCGCAACUCCGCCCCGCCUAUACGGCCCAGGUUGACUCUAGCUCCUUCUCCAGACUGAGGCCCCAAGAUAUUGAGGCCCUGUGCUGUGGGUCAGACCAGCACAGGGUCUGGGCCGGGCCUGCAACGAUGAUGAGGGCGGGAGAUCAGAAGCCGCCGACGAAAGCAGAGAGGGGAUCUGAAUUCUAGAUUAGGUAACGCUUUGGGCAUGCAUGUUUCUUUUGGGUUAAUUCUAUGAUUUUUGGGUAUAUAUUGACGGCUUUUCUUGAUUCUGGGUUAUGGAUUCUGUUUUUUAGGUGUUACCGGCGGUGGUGUGGGCUUCUUUCUCACGCCAGUGGAGGUGAAUUCACGGGCAGAUUUGACGGAGGAAAGAGAGAGAAAAAAUUUUCAGAAAAAAGAGAAAUCGUUCAGCUUUUUCUCUCUCCACUUCCGCCUCAAUUUGGGUGGGGGUACACUAAAACAGUAGAAUUGCGCCUCUAUUCAUCCGCCCCCUACUGUUCAAAAACUUCCCAAACAGGUGCAAACUUAUCGGGAAGGGCAUUACCCCUGGGAUUUACGCCCCCCCAACAUUUACGCCUCUAUCCAAACAGAGCGUCCGUGUGGCCAACGCGAGUAAGGAUUCUCUCUUUGCCACUCAACCAGAAGUCAAAUCAGAAGUACAAAGGCAACCGAACCACAAAAAUUUCAUCAGGAUCCAAUGAGCGCCCUCCCUGCACUCGCCCACACCGAAGACCAAUCCGAGUUGAAAUAGUACACAUGGGUCCCAAUGUACAGUGAAAGGUAUCUUGGUGCACAGGAAAUGAAUCUGUUGGGGUUUUCUUUUUUCAAUGUUUGGCCCGACUUUUAGAAGUGCUUUUCGGUUACAAAAGCUGAAGCAGGGCCAAACACCUAUAAAAGCUCGGCUUUUGGAGCUUCUGCGAAAAGCUGUUUUGAAAAUACAAGAUUAUCCUUACCAUAUUUUAAUUUUAUUUCAGAAAAUAUAAUUUUCCUUCAUUUAUAUCAUUUUAAAAAUAAAAUAAAUUAUAAAAUCAUAUUAUUUAAUAUAAAAGAAAUCUAACAAUAUCCAUUUUGACUACUUUUUAUUGUUUAUGGUUUUUAUUCAUAUUUUAUAUUAUAAGCCCUUUAUAGUCAUUUUACACAACCUCUCAUAUUAAAAAACCAAUGCUGUCAAAGCCGAGCCGGAGUAUGACCCGGUAACGUGAACAGUUCGGUCAUUAGUGGUCCAGCCGCCAUUAGACCGUUUAAAAACCGUUUGAGAACCGGUACAAAAAAAAAAGAAGAAGAUCAAAUCAGCAAAUUUACAAUGGAAAAUCUAACACUACCAUUCUGAAACUUCUAGAAGACAGAUCUAAUCGAUUAAUCCCCCAGUAGUCCAUUUCGUAAGCAAACUAGCUGCCCCUGUCAGCAAAUCUCAAAAUCUACGCUAAUCACGUCAAGAUUAGACAAACGACUACUAGAUCCACCACUAAUCAAAUACCCAGUAAACCAAUCGCCACCGACAGCCCAAUAAUACCCACACUGGAGAAAUGCUAACAUAGAAAUCCCCAGAACCAACGGAAAGAGUGAAGAAGAAGAAGGGAGAUGAAUUACCCCGCUGUCGGAUGGCGCGCUGCUUGCGGCGACGGGACGGAAGCGCUGGGGCGAUGGUUGACGGCGGCAGGGUGGCGCCGCUCUCCCUCUGUCGUCUGUUCUACUUCUAGGUCGAAGAUGAAGAAAUAAAAUGAAAGUUAGGGUUUUGUUUGGCUGCCCCAUUCCACGAUUGGCCCUUUUUUUAGGGUAAACCAAACGGCCGAACCGCGCGACCGGCUUGAGCGGCUCGAGCGGUUAACCGCUGCGGCCGCUCGCCGGCCGCUGUAUAAAACCGUGGUGGUUAAAUAGCUGAUCCGAGCCGGUUUUACGACCGGGUGGCGGCUUUGGCGGUCCGGUCGGCCGGCUCGGUUCGGCUUUGACAACACUGUAAAAAACACUUCUAAUAGUUUUACAGCCAAACACUCAACUGCUUUUUUUGAAAAGUACUUAUCUAAAAGCUCCAGCUAGAAGCUGCUUCUGCAAAAUCUGCAGCAGGGCCAAACUAAGUUCUAAAAAAUUCCGGAAUAGGUU